GACAAAAAGGAUACAAAUCCCUUUUCGGAGUCUUGGGAGGAUAGUGAUUUGGUGCUUGUGGUGGAAAAUGAAAUAUUCCACGUCCAUCGACAGAUACUGAGCAUCCACUCGCCAGUUUUUAAAGCCAUGUUGAGUACCCAAUUUAAGGAAGCAGAAGCCAAAGAGAUCCCAUUACCAGAGAAGAAGGCAGAUGAGGUGUUGAACUUCCUGAAGCAAUUGUACAUGAAAGAUAGAGAUGAAAUUACAUGUGGGUAAUAAUGUGAGGAGAACUGCAGACUGUGUGUGCACUCUCAGAUAUCCGAAGUAUAUUAUAUUAAAUCGAUCGUCGCUUUUAUGCAAUAAACGUGAUAAAAACUGUGAUAAGUUCCAGCUUCAAUUUUCCUGCAUUGUUUCUCGACUUCAAUCCUUCCGCUUACUGUGACGACUACACAAGCUUAUUGUAUUUUAGUUCUAAACGGAAUGUUUUGUUUUUUUUUGACAGUGGACAAAAUGGAGCAUCUCCUGAGGUUAGCCGACGAGUACCAAACGAAGUCUGUUUUUGACGUUUGCUUGAAUUACCUCAAAGUCCUGCCAGGAUCUAAGGAAAAUGCAGUCAGAACACUUUUCCUAACAAAUAUGGCAGCCAUGGCAAGAGGAGAUAGAAGGUUAGAUAUUGUCCGCAGUGGAUGCUACAACCUGAUUAAAGACAUGUCACUGCAAGACAUCGUGAAGAAAGAUGACUUCAAGAAUUUGGAGCGAGAUAACGUAGAAGUUAGUGGAGUUUUGCUU